UCGAUUCAUUUCUUUCACCCGGAAGUAAUACUUGAGUCACGUUCAAUCGUGCUCCUGGCUGACAUUGAAGUGCAGCUCUACCAACUGGACUGUAAGAUAAACUAGACGGAUACAAUGAGGCUUACAGCCUUGUUGUCCAUGGCUGCGAAAGCGGCCUUCCCUCGCGACUACCGCUACGGGACAAGUAGGCCCUGGACAUUUCCUGCAAAGAGACGAAACCCACCUGGGCUACAUAGGAGAAAGGUUUUUGUGGACAACAUUCCAAAUGAGAACUGGUCGGUGUUCAAAGGCGACACGGUGGAGAUAUUAGCUGGAAAGGACAAAGGAAAACAGGGCAAAGUGGUCCAGGUGUUCAGACAUCGCAACUGGGUCAUUUUGGAAGGACUCAAUGCGCAUUACAGAUUCAUUGGAAAGACUAACGAUUACCGAGGCACCUACAUUGCCAGUGAGGCUCCCUUAUUGCUAACUCAGAUUUCCCUCAUCGACCCCACUGAUAGGAAACCAACAGAGGUAGGCUGGAGGUUUACAGAGGAGGGGGAGAGGGUACGCGUGUCCACCAGAACAGGACGCAUCAUUCCUAAGCCCACUGUCCAACGGAGUGAUGGGGUCGUCCGCGAGCAAUGGAAGGAUGGACCUAAAGACACACCAACUGAAGACGCACUGCUGAAGACCUACACCCCAUCUUUGAAGACUCUUGAAGAGGAGGUCAUGGAUGCCAUGGGAAUUAAAGAGGACAGAAGGAACCAUACCUCGUACUGGUAUUGAUGAAGCUUGCUCAAAGAUCAGACUGGCAUACGCAUCUUCAGUUUCAAUUAUCAGUACGACCAGUUGGACUAUGUAUUUAUACACGUUCUGUUUUUUUUUUAUACACAAUUUUGUGCAUAGGUGGGUCUAUAAUGAUUUUUUGCUUACAGUGGUUUGUAAGCUGGUUGUGUAUGGUCAAAAAGCCUAUCAUGAUGGACACCCCAGAGUGUGUACACUCCACAAAUUUGGGCCCAGCAGCAGUGGCAUUAAAUCUGUGGCGAGACCCACGAUCCAGUGUUUUUUGCAGGAUUUACAGAACAGAAACAUUUGAACAUUCACCCAUUUCUGUUGCAAAUUACAAUAAAUUCCAUCUUAGACAUGA